GUUGCAGGACUCGGCCGCCGACUCCUCACUCGCCUCACGUGACCCGCCUCUGCUGGUGCCUCUCACCCGCCACUCCGGCUCCUCGCCUCCCGUGCCACCAGUGAGCGUUCCCUCGGUGCCUGAGUCGGACCCGCUUUUACCUGCGCUCUCGCUCCGCCCGUCACGGCUUCCCAGAGCUGAGCCUGUUGGUGCUAGCCGGGUUGGUCGCCAUGGCAACCUGCAUGACGGUGUCGAUGAAGGAGGCGGCCGAUCUCCCCGAGGAACUGAAGCCCAUCGUUCCCGGCGGCUCGUGGUUCGACGACAUGGCGGUGGAGCGACUGCGGAAGAAGCACGAGGAGCUCAGAGAACUGGGUCGUCUGGAAUCGCACGAGCACAGCGACGACGACGAAGAGAUGUUCAUCAUGGCGCGCCUCGGCUCGCAUAAGGUGGUGAAGCUACCCGAGGGGGAGGAGGGCGCCGAGAAUCAUCACGACCAUCACCAUCAUCAUGACCAUCUGGCCAGUCAGGUGAGGGAGGUCAAGGUCGUACCUGGCUUAGGGGGACGGGGUCUAAAUUCAGAAUAAAGCCUGUACUCGUUC